UAUGCACCCGAUCCGGCCCGCUGUGAUCGCUGCCACUUCUCCAAAGGGAAUCCCCCUCGUGCCGAAGGCUGCUGCGGAUCUGCAACCAAGAUGCCAGUGAAUUUCAAAGACAUGGCCAUGUAUCUCCCGGAUGGUCAAGGGCCUCUGUUGGAACCGGAUCCGAGAACCUUGUACAAGAGCAUCAUGGAGGGUGACGGACAGGCAAAUGAGAACAAAGAAGGACUCCAGACACAACGAUCUGAGCAAAAGCUGCAAACCAGGACAUCACUGGGGUUAGCAGGAAAAGAUGACCCCUUGUGUUUUGAGAAAGGGGAAAGCGUUGUGAAACAUCACAGGCAGGAGAAGCAGCUGGAGGCCCACCUAGAAAACAGACCCAGUAACACCAUUCCUUGUGCUGGGGGUCUUCAGGUUAUCGGCAAGGGCCCCAUUCGAAAGCGUAAUCGCAGGUCUAAGGGCCCAAGGUCCUGCAAUGAGUGUGGGAAGAUCUUUGCUCAGGCUUCAAACCUUCUGGCGCAUAAAAGAAUCCACACAGGCGAGAAGCCCUAUAAAUGUGUGCACUGUGGGAAAAGCUUCACUGAAAGGUCAAACCGUAAUAGACACCAGAGGACCCAUUCGGGAGAGAAACCCUAUCAGUGCAUCGACUGUGGGAAAAGCUUCAGCUUUAAAUCUGACCUCGUGCGACAUGGGAUUACCCACACAGGAGAGAGGCCUUAUAAAUGCUCAGACUGUGGGAAAAGCUUCAGCCACGCUUCCACCUUGAUUAGGCACGAAAAUAUCCAUACGGGAGAGAAACCAUAUUCUUGUACGGAUUGUGGGAAAAGCUUCACCCAGAGUUCAUCCCUUCUGGCCCACAGAAGGCUCCACACGGGAGAGACCCCGUUCAUCUGCCCCGUGUGUGGGGAAAGUUUCAAUUGGAAGUCGCACCUGAUCACGCACGAGAGAACCCACACAGGCGAGAGGCCCUACCGAUGCUCAAAGUGUGGGAAAAGCUUCAUCGAAAAGUCCAAAUUGAACCGACACCAGAGGACCCAUAUGGAAAAGGAAGUUCAUGAAUGUACAGAGUGCGGGAGAACUUUCAGCACGAGAUCGAACCUUAUUAGGCAUGAGAUAGCUCACAAGGGAGCACAGUCCUUCUUGUGCCUCAGUUGCGGUAAGUGCUUCAACCAGUUGUCCAAGCUGGUGAGGCACGAGAGGGUCCACACAGGGGAGAAACCUUUCUCCUGCUCGGACUGCGGGAAGUGCUUCAGCCAGACCUCCGAACUCCUCCGGCACGAGAGAAUCCACACGGGGGAGAAGCCGUACAAAUGUGCCAUCUGUGGGAAAUGCUUCAAUCGUAGGUCGCACCUCAGUACACACGAAGCCACCCAUCUGGGAGGCCAGCCGUACGAAUGGCCGGGUGGCGGGGCAAGCUACGACAACAGCUCCCUCCUGAUCGCCGGUCUACGUCCUCCUGAGAGGGUCUUUUUGGAGGGCCAGCCCUACAGAUGUCUAGAUGGUGGGAAAAACUUUGCCCACAGUUCCCUGCUCAUUGCCAGCAUGAAUCCACAUGGGCAAAAUCAUAUAGGAGGCCAGCUCUAUGAAUGGCCAAACAACGAGACAAGCUACAGGCACUGCUCGCUGAUCCUUACAGGGGUGAAUGCACAAGAACGAGGGCGGGCAGAGGACCAGCCGUACAAAUGUUCAGAAGAUGGAACAUCCUACAGUCAUAGCUCGUUAUUUAUAAACAGAAUAAACACCCACGAGAGAAUCUGCACAGCAAGUCAACCCUAUAAAUGCCUAGGGAGGGAUAAAAAUGGUAUCGAUACCUCACUCUUCACAACGGAUGUGAGCCCUCAGGAAGAGGAGAAGGUCUUUAAAUGUUCCGAGUGUGGAAAGAACUUCAGUUGGAGGUCGCACUUCAUUCGGCACAAAAGGAUCCACACAGGAGAAAAACCCUACUGUUGCCUCGACUGUGGGAAGAGCUUCAACCGGCGGUCACACUUGGUGAGGCAUGAGAGGACUCACGCCGGAUCGAGACCAGAUUCUCAGUCCGAGGAAGAUGCUUCUGUUCAGGAUCUCGUUCUCAUAAACCCACGUGAAUCUAGGCAGGAGGGAAGUCGUAUUGGCGCACCACCUCCCGAGGAGGCUUGUGUUGUGGCUCCUGGCACAGUCCAGGCGGGAAAAUUCAGUCAGGAAACAAACCUUCCAAGCGUUCAGCACAGUGGCGUGUGAUGGGAAAAGUUCAGCUGGAAGUCAGACAAUAGGUGAAAUUUUGGCUGUAGUUUAUCCAGAUGAGGCGGUAAAAUGGAUGCUAGACUUAACAGUAGUCAAGACUGCAAGGGGGUGGCUGUACAGCCGAAGACCCUCCCAUGUAAAACAGUCCUUGCACAUAGAAAAGUAGCUUGUCAAGAAGAAAAUUCUAGGCUAGCUUUUCUCUCACAUGCGUGUUCAGGGAUGGUUUCCUUUCCCUGCAGCCUGAAGAGAUCAAGUCAAGGACCAGUUCUAACUUGUCAUCUGCUUUUUAUACGUAGAAACCCUCUUCUUGGUAAGAGUGUGGAAAGGGUUGCCAAAAUCUUCAAAGAGUUCAUAAUGGAGCGAAGUCACUGGACUACUGACAAUGGUUCCCAACCUUGGGUCCCCGGAUGUUCUUGGACUAAAAUACAGUACCCAGAAACCUUCACCACUAGCUGUGCUGGCCAGGAUUUCUGGGAGUUGUAGUCUGAGAGCCCUAGGUUAAGAAGCACUGGGCUAAGAGAAAAGCAAGAUAUCGCUAGGAAAGCCUCUGCAGGGCACCAGAUCUUGCUACCUGCCAGAAAGAAUUAUUUGAAGAAAAGCCUUAAUAUUUUCCUGAUGGCCCCAAUCCAGCAAAGUACAGUCCAUUGACUGUUUUAUGAUGAGGCUGUAUGCCUGUGUUGUUACGCCAAUUAGCUAUUAACAACCGGAAAAUUAAUAUAGGUCGAGGCGGGAUUGCUAAAUUAAACAUCCACAGAGAUUUCUCAGUUCAUUUUGGGAACUGCAUUUGUGAGAUUGCCUUUUUCCCAAAGGAAACUAUUUAUUAACUAGCCUUAUUAACUACCUUUGUUAGUCUUUAGAUAUAUUUAUACAGUAUUUAAAAGGAAGAUGGAUGGUGCUUUUCAUCACUCCCUUUCAAUUUUUUCCAGUAGAAGAAGGAGGGAGAGGAAAGGUCCCCCCCAGAUGGGGUUUGGCUUCCAUCUCUGAGGCCCAUGGUUGGGGAUAAUGGGAGCUGCUGUCCAACCAAACUGGAGGAUUGAGGGCCUAGUUUUUUCCCCCAAGCCCUGUUGUGGUUGAAACGGUAAAACCAUUCCAGGGGCUGUAACAUUGAGGUUGUAGAGCUAAUAGCUCCUCAGAAUUAAAAAAGCUUCUCGACCUGAAUGUCAGGGAAGAUAAACCAACAGAAUAUGGCAUCUUAACACAUUUUAUUUGCCGUAAGCGUUUGUAGGCUCCUGUCUCCUUCACCAGAGCCAAACCACAAAAACGUAGGCCAAAGGAAAAUGUAUUAACUUCCAGAGGUCCAAAAAACUUUCUGUUUUCGCUGCCACAGGGCUGUCCUACUGUAGAUUAAAAAAGUAUUCUUGCUUUCCACUUCCUUGAUAGGUUAGUUUUGUGCCUGCCGGAGAAUGUACCGCCAACCUAUCUGUCUCUUGUUCUCGGAAUUUAGGAACCGUUUUACCACCCUCUCUGCUAUCCAGUAGUCCUUGCAGCCUACAUUUCUCUUUUAGAGAAAGCACUUCUGUCAGGGAAAACAGUAUGCAAGCCAUGCAGCAGCUGGCCACCCAUGAUGGCUGCAUUUGUAGGGCACAUAUUAUGGCAUUGACUCUACAGUCAGUUCCGUGAAGCAAUACCACAUGCAUAUGUGCGGCCACCGUUUGGCCUGUAGGGUGCUGAAUGUUUGGCUUGCCAGCAAAUUUGGACCCCAAUUCCCACAUUCCAUCACAAUGGACAUGCUGC